AAUGGCUCCUCUUCCUCUGAUCUUCCUGUUUGCUGUUCACAGUGAGUCACUGCAACAGUUCAAAGAGAGACUGUAUGCUGAAUUUAAUGCACAAGCUGAUGCCAGUUUCAUCACUAUGAACUCUGUGUUUGCAGUGGUUUCUAGUGCUGAUUGGGUUGUGAAUUACAACCCCUUACACAUCUGUGCACUAAAAGACUCAUCAGUGAUAAUGAGCUGCACUUUUAAAUACCCUACUGGACAUCAGAUCAGGAAAGUGUUCUGGAACAAAGACCUUGCAAAACAUGGAGAAGAGCUUGCAGAUCUAUCUGAGGACCCUGAAUACAGUCAGAGGCUUCAGUAUCUGGGAGAUAAACAGCAGAACUGCACCAUCAGACUGAGUCAUGUGACAAAGAAAGAUGAACGUAUGUAUUAUUUCAGAAUCAUUACUGAUAGAACUGACGGAAAAUGGACUGGUAAACCAGGAGUGCGUCUCAAUGUCACAGAUCCACCCAGGAAUGUCUCAGUGUCCAUCAGUGGAUCUGGUGUAAUAAUGGAGGGAGAUUCAGUGUCUCUGAGCUGCAGCACUGACUCAAACCCUCCUGCAGAAAUCAACUGGUUGAAAGGAACAAAACAUGUUAAACAUGGAAGAAACUUCCGCAUCUCAAAGAUCAGCUCUGAUGACAGUGGAGAGUACAAGUGUAGCGCCUUCAGUGAAAGUGGAGAUAAAUACUCUGAUCCUAUCCUCCAAAGAGCGUCUCAGUGUCCAUCAGUGGAUCUGCUGUAA